CGCAACAUGCAGGUCGCCGACUGCGCGCGCGCAUGCGCUCUGCUGCUGCUGCUCGCUUGGAGCGACUUUUGGAGACCUGCCCACGGGACCUGCGUGUUCCAGUCGGACUUCGGAUUUAACGUGAGCUGCGCCUUCAAGAAAUCCGGCCUGUUCAGGGUGCGGAACCUGGGCGGCGUCAAGGGAUAUGUCGACCUCGGUGUUAUGCUUUAUCACACAACCGCUACAGAGGACCGCUACGGGGACAACGUCCGGCGCUCCGCACCCAGAGCGGGCCGCACUGACCCAGCAAAGCUGCGUCAAGCUAAAGGUUUCUCUGUGGGAGACGACCUGGGCUUCUCGCAGUCGCUGUCGGCCCUGGAGGCGAACAGGCGGCGGUCCGUGGCGGGCCGCAGCACCAACGUCGCCAGGAACGGGGUGGUGGUCCCGGGCGGCGUGAUCCCGCCGUUCAAGCCGAUCGCACCGGCGCGCAACGUGAGCCGACCAUCGCGGCUGGCGCCGGGCGCGGCUGCGGGGGUGUCGGGGCUGCCGGCGUUCCAGGCACUGCCCGCCUCCAUCACCAGAGCCGCCGCCCCCGCAGCCGUGCGGAAGGACCUGGUGUCGGACAACGGCAUCUCGAGCAACACGCUGUCGCUGCGCACUCUGGCGUCGCAGCAGCCGACGGCGGCGUCGGCCCAGGGCGUGUCCCUGCAGCAGCUGGUGACGCCGCCGCAGCCGGCGCUGGUGCGCGCCAUCGCGCAAGCCACCAACCUCAGCACGGAGACGGUGGCCGCCGCCAUCGCCAUCCGCCAGCAGCAGCUGUUGCAGGCGGCCAUGGCCACCAGCACGACCAGCUCCACCACCACCACGACCACCACCACCACCACCACCACCACCCGCAGGCCGCCGCCCGCGGAACCGCCCAAGAAAUACUCGCUCGCUGGGCUCAGCAAGGUCAUGAACGCGCCCAAGGAAUACUACCCAGUCGGCUACGAAAAGAACUUCGACGAUAAUUUCGCCUCCAGGGUGGAGUUGCCCGAUACCUCCUUUUACUGCGGCGACCAGAAACAUUUCCCUGGCCUGUACGCAGACGAGGAUUUGGGGUGUAUGGUGUUCCACGUGUGCGCUUUCACGGACGAUGGCCUCAUCAUGAAGAGCUUCCUCUGUCCAGAGUCGACACUGUUCGACCAGAAUAUCCUCAAAUGCAACUGGUGGUUCUACGUCGAUUGCAGAGCAUCGUCGAAGCUGUACGAUAGCAACAUUCCCAUAUCGAAGAGCUACCAGUUGAUGAAAGCACUCGCAUUCUUCUCAUCCUACAACAAGAGCUAAUUCUGAUACUGCACACGCAAGUUUAUUCACAAAAACAGCCUCGCAUGUUUUGAAGAAACUGAAGAUGGUGCUCAUCGGAGAGGGACUUACGGUGCAAAGCGCAGCAGACGGACUGCAGUGGCCUUCGGUUAACAUGUACCACACACCAGCUCAGCGGGCGAUCUCGGCGCUCGGUUGCCGCCUUCCUACACACACACCUUUUUUCAAGCGCCAGAUAGUUCAACGCAACCGCGUUUGUAAUGCCAACUGGCGUAUAGCUUCUACUACUACCUGCAUUCAGGGAUCGUCACAUCCAGCUGUUCCAGAACCUAGUCUACAUAUUUCUGCCAGUCGCCGUUCUGGUGGAAGAUACAGCUUUCACCGACCGAAUAAUUGCUAUUUGUCCUUAAACAUGGAACUCUGUUUAAUUUAUUGCAUAAUUUAUUGGAUUUAUAAUAAAAAUGCCAUAUCUUUAUUAUUCAGGAGUCUGCGGAUAUUUGUCGUGUAAUAUACAACACAGGUUUGUUAAGAAGCAAUGGAAUAAAAAAAUACAUCCCAGUAAACUGUGUUAGAGAGAGUGUCUACAGUGGCAAGUGCCUUACGUCAGUGCUCUAAUUUUUGUCUUUCAAACGCACAAAACAUACGAAUGCAUAUCAUUUGCAAAUGUUGAUAGAUAAUUAAGCAACUUUUCUAUACUUCAGACAAGUUUUAAUACACCGUAUUUCAUGCUUUUUAUAUGAUUUUUUUUUUCAUGUAAAGUAAAAUAUGUUGCUCAGUUGGAAAGAGAUAUAAAUGCCUUUUUCGGUAGCAAGAUAUUGUUAUUUGGAUGCUACGCAUGUCUGAAGUAUCUUACUGUACUGUCGAAUUUGUGUACAACAUUGAGAAAGAUAUUUCAUUUUCAUUAUUGUUAUUAUAUUAUUUGUUGGAAAGUGCAGUGAAUUCUAAAAUCGGUGAGUUGAUUCAUUCAUUUUUUUUUCUGUUGCGGAAUUUCUGAUGAACUCCGCUAAAAAGACAAACACGCGACACAAUAUUGGAAAAAGAACCCGCGAGUAGGAAGUCAGAAAUGCAACAGAAAUAAAAUUGAUCGUUAUUCAAGAUUUAUCGCUGUACGGAAAUAUAAUCUCGGGAAAAACAGGAAUAAAUGGUUUGUGCUUCUUAAAUUUUUAUCAAUUUACAAAUGUAAUUUUUAGCUAUUUUUGUACAUUAUAGACAUAAAUAAAGUGAUGUAGAAAUAA